ACGGUGCCGUUCCCUUUCUUGCGGUAGAUGACGGGCCUGGACGUGGAGAAGGAUCAGAUCCUGGAGAUGGCCUGCCUCAUCACCGACUCCGACCUCAACGUCCUGGCCGAGGGCCCAAACCUGAUUAUUAAUCAGCCCGACGAGCUGCUGGAGAGCAUGUCCGAGUGGUGCAAGGAGCAUCAUGGGAAGUCUGGCCUUACCAAGGCGGUGAAGGAGAGCAAGAUUUCCCUGCAGCAGGCAGAAUACGAGUUCCUGUCCUUCGUACGACAGCAGACGCCCCCGGGUCUCUGUCCCCUCGCAGGGAACUCGGUGCACGCGGAUAAGAAAUUCCUUGACAAGUACAUGCCGCAGUUCAUGAGGCACCUGCACUACCGGAUCAUCGACGUCAGCACCGUCAAAGAGCUCUGCAGGUGA